AUGCCUCCCAUCCACCCCUCUGCCACUCUCCUCCCCGCCAGCACCCAAACCACCAUCACCACCUCCUCAGAGCAACACGACCAAAAUGCCGCCCCUCACACCCACCUGUUCGGCCGCUCCAGCACAACCUGGGCCCCAGGCUCCGGCACCAUCGAACCAAGCCACAUCAACAUGAAAGGCCUAAUGGCGCUCUUCGCCAUCUUGGGCGCCGCCUUCGUCCUCGCCGCAAUCUGGUUCUUCUUCUGGGCCAAGAAUGGCGGAUUCAUCUGGCGCAAAGGCGACUGGGAAGAGUACAAAUCGACCGUUCUCCGCCGCAAAGGUCCCGACGGGCGCACCUUAUCCAACGCCACCAAAAGCACCAAACUCGGCGGCGGCAGCGUCUACCACAAAGGCUACAGCGACGACGGCUACACCUACACCGACGAAACCGCCACCAACCUGACCGAAAAGACCGGCGUAACGGGGGCCACUUCCGCCGAGAAAGAACGCAAACGCCGCCGCAAGCUCCGCGAGAAAUUCCGUCGUCGGCGCAAGGACGACGAAAUGACCGCGAACUGGGAAAACGAAGUCGACGAGGACGUUGCCGCCUACAGAAAGGAAAAAGCUGCCCGGGUCGGGGGCAUUAAUCGCGAAGGAGAGGGAACCUACUACGGCAGUGACUACGACCUCUCCAACCCAGCGAGUCAUUACAACCAGAGCGAAAUCAGCGGAAGUCAGGUCCGCGAUUACGCUUAUGAUCCGGCUCCUGCUCCUGCUAAAGCGCCAUCCCGGAAACAGAGCAGACGACGUGACUUCUCCUUCGUACCCGGCAGCGAGGACACCCUUAGCCAGGCACCGACCCGCGACGACCACCACGACCGCCGUCACAGCCGCGAACCCUCAGCGAGGAGACAUAAUCGUCGGCGUGAACGACGCAGGAAUCCCCCGCCGAGUGAGUCGUCCGGAUCACGGACUAGUAGUCCCCGCAAGCGGGAGAGACAGUCAGUGCGGGGCCACUACACGGAACCGUUGGAUUUCUCGUCGUCGGCGCCGUCGAGGUCUGAGUAUCAGUAUUCGAAUGUGGAUACGGAGGAUACGGGGACUAGGAGUUAUCAUCAUCCGAUCCCGGGGUUGAGUAAGGGGUAUAGAAGGGAGGGGGGACGAGGGAGGAGAAGGGAUAGUUUGAGUGAGAGUGAUUGA